AUGAGCGAGGAUCUAGGAGAUGUCUGCUACAAAGAGAGACUCCUUCCAAGCGUCCGAGGCAGAUACAGAGACCGUGAUGAGGGAAAGGGAGGAACACAUCAACCUGACCUUGACCCUGAACAUGCUUUGAGUGUGGCGUCAAAAGACUCUGACAUUGUUCUAACCAAAAGGAAUGAGAUGGUGCGAGAGGGGGGCGGGGGCAAAGAUGAGGGUUUUAUUCUUUUCCUCGCUCUGAUCCCAGCAGCCAUCUGUGCAUCGGUGUCACGUCCAGGCGACUGCACUGACGUGUACAAUGGAGGCUCUGAAGACAGUGGUGUGUACACCAUCUACACACUAGGACCUGUCCAGGUCUACUGUAACAUAGGCUGUGAAGAGGAAAGUGUGAGAUGGACUGUGAUUCAGAGAAGAAAAGACGGCAACGUGAACUUUCUUCGUGGAUGGGACCAGUACAGAAGUGGAUUUGGAGAACCAUCAGGAGGAUUCUGGCUGAGGCUGGAGAACAUCCAUCUCCUUACUCAGAGGAAGAGCUAUGAACUUAAGGUAGUCAUGGAGGACUUUGAGGGCAACAAGGCCUACGUCUAUUAUUCCACCUUCUCUGUGGGUCCAGAGGAAGACGGCUACAGGCUGCAAGUCAGUGGAUUCAGAAAUGGAAGACGUGGACCUGCUGCUGGAAAGCGGUACAGAAACAUCAAAGCAAAGAACAAUAGACUCAGGGACAGCUUCUUCCCCAGAGCUGUGAAAGCAAUCGCCCCCCCACAGUGAAAACAAUUUGCAUCCCUUCUCUACACCACCCCCCCAAACACACACACAAGCAGCCACACACACCCACCCUCCCAAACACACCCCUGCUGACCCAAACCUGCUCAAAUCUCCAUAAAACGACCACGUCGCACUAAA